AUAUUCCUAUGUUGACUUGUUUUAUGUUCGGACCAUCUGGUCACAUUUGCGCAAAAUAAUAAUAUUUCCUAAUCAAUAUACCUGAUAUCAACAACUGAUGCACAAAACACACCGUCUCACCGACAGCCAGUAUAUGGAGGUCGAGGGCCUACUGCAGGCCAUGGACAUGCCCACCAGCCACGAUCCGGAGGCGGACCUCGAGCCGGAGUCGACGUCGCUGUGCCGAUUGAGCCGCUACAACGUGACCAACCUGUACGAGGGGCCAGCGGGCGGAGGGGCCAAUGGGGCUCCGGCGGGCCGCCAGCGCUGCUUUACAAUGCCCCAUGUGCCACCGCCAGCGCCUCCCUCCACGCCCACGCUACUGACGAGUGGCAGCAAUAGCAACAGCAAUAGCAACGGGAACUGCAGCUCCACCGUGUCCGUCUCAAUCUCGCCCACCUGCUCCGCCAGCAGCCAUCCCCUUGAGAGCCCACUAAAUCAUUUCAUCUACGUGAAAAAUGGCAAGAACCUGCGUCGCGAAUCGCGCUGCGUCGACUCUGAGCUGUCCAAGCUCUUCAACGUGGUGUCGAUCACAAACCGGCUGACGGCAAUCAAGAACCGCAGCAAUUCCAUUUCCGGCACCGGUACCGGCACCCAGCUAGCGGAGCGUGGAAUCCUUAAUGCGUCGCGCACAAUAUCGAAGUUAAAUGGGGCGACGGCCACUAAGAUCUUCAAGAUCCACCGAGACCCGAAGGAGUUUUUGCGCGAAACGGACGAGGAUUCGGUGUCGGCGCCGGAGUACGAUGAGGAGGAGGAGGACACGCGAUUCCGCUUCUUCCGGCGGGCCCGCUACUCGCGACGUUUCAGUACCACGCGAUCGGGUCGGAAGUUUGCCCGGAAGUUCGCGCGAUUCGAACAUCACGAACGCAUGGAGACCAUUGUGGACAGCUUCGAGGCGGCUAUGAGCUUCAACGACGCGGACACCUGAAAGCCGGAGGCGACGGCGCCUGCGACAGUUGAGGAUGAAGCAUGGCAGAUGGUCGGCCAACCAAUGUGAUGAAUGUGAAUUUCAACUAAAUUAUUUUAAUUGCUACAAACUACUA